CUGCUCCUGUCUCCUCUUUCGCCAGUGGUAAUAUCCUUAAUGGAAGAUCAUCCCAAUCAAUACCUCCAGGCAGCUGUUAACUGACUGGGAUAAUGGAAUCAAAAUGAGUUAGUGCGAAUGGGGCUUCAUCGCUGCUUUGGUAUUAAAGAUGCCUGUGCCCUGUGAGAGUCAGGGGGCUGCUGAGACCCACGGAAGAGAACCUCUCUUCACAUCAGCAAACUAUGUCAGAGAAGAGGAACCUCUUUUGCUGGGCAGGACUCUGAAUGGGGCCGCUGGUCUUCUGGCCAACAAGCUGGGAGCUGUGGCCUGAUUGCCGUGUUACACUGAGCUCAGGUCCUAACUCCUGGAGGGACUCUAGAAGGAAGAAGGAGAAGAGGUGUGGAAACAAAACAUCUGCCUCGGUCGCUCGUGAUCAAAGCCAAGGCAAUGUCAUCGUUGGUGAAAGAAGACCUCAACAAGAAGCUGUUCAAAUCCCUCGGACAAAGCUUGUAUGAGUUCAUUGAAGUUGAGUGCUCGGGCAAAGAUCGCUUCUACCUCUGUGCUUCAGUAACAAAAGGUGAAGAAGUACAAAUAACUAUGGUGAAACACUUCAGAAUAGGCCUUGAUGAGAAUUACGAAAUAUCUGAAAAAUGGUUUCUUGACGAUUUGGAGAUGAUUGAUGGGAAAGAAGCUGAUACUGAUAAUCCGUGGUUUGAUAUGCAUUUCAAGAAAGUCUAUAGUUGGGAAGCUUACAGCUGUGCAUCUAAAUAUGCCUUUGCACGGACAUUAAAUAAGCUGAACGAGAUGUACCUCCAGAAGGACUUGAAGAUAGUCAACUUUGAUUUUACCUACAUAAAGGAUGGUUCAUUCUGGUCAUCUAACAAUGGGGAUGACUGCUUAGUACUUAUGAGAAUCUGCUUCUAUGCAUCCAACCUUUUGUGUCUGUCUCUGUGCCCUCUGCCUGUCUGACUGUUAUCACUCUCUCCGGAUUUGGAUACAAUUUCAAAAUAAGGUUUUUAAAAUUCCGUACUGUCAGGGUUUCGAUUUUUCAUAAAUGGUCACAAUUUUUUAUAUAAAUUGUUCGUCUCAAAGAGAGUGUCUUGACAAUAUAUGUAUGUGCUUAAAUAUCUAUUUCCAACCACUUAUUUUACCAAAUUGAAACACAUAUUCAGGCUGCGUUCCUGUAAUCACGUACCCCAUUGGACUUCAUGGUGUUUCCUCUGAAUAGACAUGUUUAAGAUUGCAAUAUAGCUAUAGCUACACAAAACUGUAUGUUAGGCCGGUCUAACUGGCCUGGCUUUCUCCCAAAGAAACCUGGGAACUGUAGUCUGGCAUGUGUUGGUGCUU